GCGCCUCCCCUCAUGUCCCAAUAACAGCAGAAGGCGGGCGAUGCAUGAGCGAGAGCCUUUCACGCUUUCGUACGAUUAUUUACAACUCUUUCGCUGUGACCAAAGUAAACACUGAGACAUUGUAAUGUCCUAUAAGCCUGUUUAAAAUGGGUUUGUUUUUAUAUAUCGCUGGAUCUGCCAACCCCACCGAGGCCGGUGUCUAUGAGCAGGUACUUCACUGUGAGGGUGUGAAUAAUAAAAGCUACGUGUGUGAGACAGGACACUGUUGUGGAGAGUCCCAGUGCUGUAGCUACUACUAUGAACUCUGGUGGUUCUGGCUGGUGUGGGCCAUCAUCUUCAUCCUGAGCUGCUGUUGUGUCUGUCAUCAUCGUCGCACCAAACACAGACUGCAACAACAACAACGACAGCACGAGAUCAACCUCAUUGCCUACAGAGAGGUUCACAACUACACCUCACUGCCCUUCUACUUCAGAUUCCUACCCAACAAUCUCCUUCCGGACUAUGAGGAGGCAGUGCAUCGGCCCGCUACGCCCCCUCCUCCAUAUAGUGCCUUAAACGCCGGCCCUCCGACCUACACCAGCCCUUUAACCACUGACCAGCAGGAUGUGCAGUGUGCACCCAGACAGACCACUCCAUUGCCCCCUGCAUCUGACACACUCUGUUCCAGACCAAACAUAGAGGACAUCCAUACCUCUAACGGGUACCACCAGAAAGAAGACAGCAAGGGCGAGAUCGAGUUAGAGGGGGGCAGAUCCGCACAGAGCACUGUGCCCUUAGAGCAGCCUCCCAGCAUGGACAAACAGAACGAGUGCAGGAAGGAGCCGCUAAGGAAUGUGGCAAUGCCUAACGAGAAAGAGAGGAUUCUGGGAAGGCGCCGCAGAUUUACGGGGGACUCUGGGAUUGAAGUGUGUGUUUGUGGGCAAUGCUUAGAGAGCCAUGAGCCCAAAGAAUUCGAGGGACUUUUGAGCGAGGAGGACCAAGAGGACUCUUUCUGCGAGGAAUGUGGCCUUCAUUCCUAUGGAGAGGAAAGUCAGGGACUUCUGUCCCCAGAAAACAGAGUGGAGCGUGGAGCAUCGCCUGUGCCUCAAUCUCAACCUCAUCCUGUCUGCCUCUAUUUGCAUACUAUUAAUGAACAAGAGGGUCCACAACAUAGUAACACAGAAUCAUAAAGCUAAAUGCAUGAAGGAAAAAAAAGAGUGAGAUGGCGAAAGAAAAAGUGAGAGGAAACAAUUGGAUGCUCUCCGCAUUGUUGUUUUAUGUACAGAGCAUGUUUUAUGCAGUUAAAAAAGCCAAAAGUGCACAAGGAUGAGCUCUACUUGCUCCACUAGACAAUACAUGUGGUGCUGUAAUGGUGCGUUCGGGUACUCCUGGGAGAUUCGUAUUUACGAGUUGAGUCGUAAUUAUGACAUCAGAUGCGUUCAAAUCACUGUGGUUGGAGAAAGAUGGCGUUGUACUUUUUCUACUAAAUAAAUAAAUAAUCCACAAAAUAAUGAAUAAGGAAUGCACACAAGGUGUGUUUGUGCAUUUUUUAAUAUUUUUAUUUCAAGGUGCUGUAAAUUGAAUCAUAUACUAUUGUAAUUGUACAAUACUUUUGUACAUGCAACAUAGCUAGUUUUAUUGUAAAUAAAAAAAAAAGGAAAACAAAUUUCAGCUAAUUUACUGUCAAUAUGUCUGUAACUCAGAAACUCCAAUAUCCAUAGUUUGCUACUUUAUAAUUACAACUUUGUGGUGGCAAUCAUGUGCAUUCAACUUGUAAAUACGAUCUUUCCGACAUGACGCACCAUAAGACAUCCACCAGGUGCGGCCACAUUUACUCUGCAAAAUUUUGUGGGUGAAGUCAUUUCAAUUGCAAUCCAUGUGAACAUGAGAUUUCGCUCGUGUUCAAGUUGGUAACGUGAAUGUGUUGCAUUCACCAACAGAAAGCUGCUUGGUUUGAAAUUGACCUCUGUGUGAGCAGUGCUUCAUGCAUCGCUACACUAUUGAGAAUGGACCUUUUUUACCUUUGAAAUCUCGCUGAAAUUUUAUAAUGUGACCAGACUUUAACUGUGCAGUCUUAGUACUGAGAUUCUAAAUAUGUAAACACUGGUGUGCUUGAACUCUCAGUGUCUCAGGACAAUCAGAGAGCAAUCUAAAAAGUGACUGAACACCAAAAAAAAAAAAAGACAGUGUGCUUUUAAUUUCCAUGUCGACUUUCCCUAAUGUAAUGGGACAAAUCUUACUGCUGUGUAUAAGGUUUUUGUUUUGCACAAUCACAUUCUUCUGAAUGAAUCAUAGUCAUAAUUCAUUUCAAAUACAAAGUAUUUACAU